AGGUGGCUCAGCAAACUCUGCUGGGGCUGUCUGGUUUAUCAUUGCUCUGCUCCUGGAAGGGCAGCCCAGUUAAACACUCCAAUGCUCUGUUACAUCCCCAUCCCAGUCACUAAUCCUCACCCUGUCCUUGUGAGCACAGGGACAGCCAGCUCGGCCUUGCAGGGAGCAGAAAAGCAGGGAUCUUCCCCCAGAACUUUUCCCCUCGGAACAGCUUUGCCAAAUCUGGGGACAGCCAGAGCCAGGGGCUGGAGCUCUUUGGCCCCAAGAGUUAACCCCGCACCGCACCUUGCUUUGUCCCGCAGAGACCGAGAACAGGGCGGAAAAAAAAAAUAAAAAAAUCCCUCCUGUACCCUCCUAAACCUGGACAAAACAGGUUUUUAAUGAAAGCAGCACUUAAUCAUUAUUCAGCGAAUUCAGAGCGGCGGAUAUUUGAUGCAAACGCAGAGUUGGUUGGAACUCUCCCGUGCCGGCUCCCUCUUUGUCCCUCCGUGAGCCUGGGAAUGGGUGUGAUCUCCGGGUAGGAGUGUCUCUGCGGUUAAGAAGAGGAUUGAAUUACCGAACAGUGCUGUUCCCGAGCUGACAAGGUAGCAGAACAGUGAACAAAAGUGCCUUGAAACUCGGCGGAGAGCAGAGAGAAGGAGCUCGGUGGACAAGGGGCACCUGCGAGGACACCGAGCACUUUGCAGCCAGCUCAGACUGCAGGAUGACAGACGGUGACACAAAUCUCCCAACCAUCGAGAGAAAGCUGGGACUGCAGAUAUGGGGCAUAGAGAACAUGAAGAUGGUUCCUGUACCUGAAAAAGCUUAUGGGACUUUUUUUGAAGGAGACUGUUACAUCAUUUUACAUACCAAAAGGACAUCCCGUGGCUCCGCUGUGGAUCUGCACUACUGGAUUGGCAAGGAUUCCUCCCAGGACGAGCAGGGUGCCGCGGCCAUGUACGUCACCCAGCUGGACACGGCGCUCGGGGGCAGCCCGGUGCAGCACCGCGAGGUGCAGGGACACGAGUCCGAGACCUUCCAGAGCUAUUUCCGCAAUGGGAUCAUCUACAAGAAGGGAGGAGUGGCUUCAGGAUUUAAGCAUGUGGAGACCAACAUGUACAACAUCAAACGUCUUCUUCACGUCAAGGGCAAGAAGCACGUGUCAGCCACAGAGGUAGCACUCUCCUGGGACAGUUUCAAUAAGGGAGAUGUUUUCUUGCUGGACCUUGGUAAAGUGCUGAUCCAGUGGAAUGGACCCAGCUGCAGCAUUGCUGAGAAAUCCAGAGGUCUGGCUCUGGCUCGGAGCAUCAGGGACAGCGAGAGGGGUGGCCGUGCUCAGAUUGGCAUCAUUGACACCGAGAGGGACUCCCCAGACCUGAUGCAGAUCAUGAGGAUGGUGCUGGGCGAGAGGCGUGGGGAGCUCCACGAUGCCAUCCCCGACACCAAAGCAGACGAGCUGCAGAAAGCGAACGUCCGGCUCUACCAUGUCUAUGAGAAGGACAAUGACCUGGUGGUGCAGGAGAUCGCCACCCGGCCACUGACGCAGGAUCUGCUCCAGCACGAGGACUGCUACAUUUUAGACCAAGGUGGCUUCAAAAUUUAUGUCUGGAGAGGAAAAGCCUCCAGCCCAGAAGAGAAAAAAGCAGCAUUCACUCGAGCUGUGGGUUUUAUCCAAGCCAAAGGCUAUCCUUCAUCCACCAACGUUGAGGUGAUCAAUGAUGGAGCAGAGUCAGCCAUGUUCAAACAGCUCUUCCAGAGGUGGACAGAAAAGAAUGAAACACAAGGGCUGGGCAAGGUCUACACUACAGGCAAAAUUGCCAAGGUGGAGCAGGUGAAGUUUGACACCACCCAGCUCCACGCCAGACCUGAGCUCGCGGCUGAGCAGAGGAUGGUCGAUGAUGCCUCCGGGGAGAUCGAGGUGUGGAGGAUUGAGGACUUGCAAAUGCAGCCGGUGGAUCCCAAGACAUACGGGCAGUUCUACGGGGGUGAUUGCUACCUGGUCCUGUACACCUACCUGAGGUCAGGCAGACCCCACUACGUCCUCUAUAUGUGGCAGGGCCGCCACGCCUCCGUGGAUGAAAUCACUGCCUGUGCCCUCAAUGCCAUCGAGCUGGACAAGAAAUACGGGGACGAGGCCGUGCAGGUGCGAGUGACAAUGGGCAAGGAGCCCAGGCACUUCCUGGCCAUCUUCAAGGGCAAACUGGUCAUCUAUGAGGGUGGCACGAGCCGGGCUCAGAAAGCCACACCCGAGCCGGCGAUCCGCCUCUUCCAGGUGAGGGGCACGGAUGAGGUGAACACAAAGGCCACAGAGGUGCCAGCCCGAGCCUCCUCCCUCAACUCCAACGAUGUCUUCCUGCUGACCACCAGCCAAGUCUGCUACCUGUGGUGUGGGAAGGGAUGCAGCGGAGAUGAGCGGGAGAUGGCAAAAAUGGUGGCUGACAUCGUUUCCAGACGGGACAAGCACACCAUUCUGGAAGGACAGGAGCCAGCAGAGUUCUGGGAAGCUCUGGGAGGCAAAGCACCUUAUGCCAAUGAAAAGAGGUUCCAGGAGCAGAUCACACACUACCAGCCUCGUCUCUUUGAGUGCUCCAACCAGACAGGUCGGUUCAUCAUGACGGAGGUGGUUGGGUUCUGCCAGGAGGACCUGGAUGAAGAUGAUGUCAUGCUGCUGGACACAUGGGAAGAGAUUUUCCUUUGGGUUGGCAAAGCCUCCAAUGCACAGGAGAGGAGCGAGGCAAUUGCCUCAGCUAAGGAAUAUCUCAAGACCCAUCCAGCUGGGAGGGACUUGGCAACUCCCAUCAUCCUGGUGAAACAGGGCUACGAACCCCUCAACUUCACAGGAUGGUUCAACGCUUGGGACCCCUACAAAUGGAGUGAUGGCAAGUCCUACGAGGAAAUGAAGAACAGCUUGGGAGACGUGUCGGCCAUAUCCGAGAUCAAAGUGAAUGAGACUGCUGACCUGAACAACCUCAGCCUGAACAAGAGAACCCUCAGCACGGCCAGCCUGGAUGGUUCAGGUACAGCAAAUGCCUCCUCGGACUACAAAUCCCACUUCAGCCACGGUGACAGCAACAGCUACAGCAACAGCAACAACUACAACAGCAACAGCCACAGCAGCCCUGCCCUGGUGCCCAACGGGGAGGGGAUUUACUCCCGAGAGGUGCUGAUGCACAGGACGGUGGAUGAACUUCCCGAAGGCGUGGAUCCCACUAAAAAAGAGUGCUAUCUCUCCGAUGCUGAUUUCCACGAUAUCUUUGGGAAGUCCAAGGAUGAGUUCUACCAGAUGCCCAAAUGGAAGCAGCAGAACGAGAAGAAACAAUUUGGACUCUUCUGAGACUGCAGAGGGCAUCUGAUGACUCUGGGACCAAUCCCUGCUCCCUUAGGAGCUGCAGGAAAGCAGUGCAGGCAUUUGCUCAAUGAUCCCAACCCAGCACCCCAGUCCAGUGCAGUUAUUCCAGCAGCCGCUCUUCAGGGGAUGGCUCCUUUCCCCCUGCAAACCCAGAACCCCCAGAGGCAAAACCUUUCACAGGAACAGCUUGACAGGAUAUUUUUGCCUCUUCCUGACACUUUAUUGCUGAUAGCCAUGAAGACAAGUGUGUGCCAUGCAACUUCACUGUAGCCUCAACUUUCCUCUUCCUUUUGCAAAUUGCCACAUGCACAAGGCCAUGAUCUUUCUUCAUUUGUAGAAGUUUAGUCAAGACAAAGGCCAUUUGUAGCUGCUGUGUAAAUUCUGGGUGGGGAGAGGAGGGGGAAGCCCUAAGAGGAUGGAGGGGGAGCCUUCAGGUCAGGAGAAAGAUAAUGGAGUAGCCAGAUGCUUGAUGGGGUAGUCUGUGGAAUGACACCAGACAGCUCUGUCCCUUCUCACCUUGUAGAGAAACUACUCACCAAAGAACAGCAACCAGUUCCAGAUUAACAUUCAUAGCCCAGGGCAGCUAAAACACGUGAGAACCUGGUUUGGGGAAAAAAGCACUUAUGAGCAUAUUUAUUAGCUGAUCUGUCUCAAGACAAUGAUUGAAAAAUCAGGCCAGACACAAAUGUCGAUUUUUGGCUGCCAGACAAGACUCUGUCUGCUUUUUUUCUCAUUCAGACAGCAUCUGCAAUACCACCUGGCCUCCUUGACCAUGGCCAGGUGAAUGUCAGAGUCCACCUGCCCACAGAGCAGAGGCUUGAGGAAGCCAGGAGGGGUUUGGGUAUGACCUGAGGCAGAGGGUGUCCUACUGAAGCUUUUAUCAGAGCUCCAUCCCUGUGAUGUCCGUGGGGCUGAGAGUGCUGGUUCCACACUAUGGGAUCAGUCUGACUGGGGAGGGCAGUGGGAGAUGUCAGCAGUGAUUACAGGAUGGAACUGUAAGCUAAAGGAAGAAACACCACCUUAAAAACUCAGACUAUGUGGGUUUGCAGCAUUACUCCAUGUCCAACCUGAUCAGUGAUUCCAAAUAAACAUCCAGCAGCAGCA